AUGGCGAGCCCAGCGAACCUCCCCGCUAUCUUCAACCCCACCUCCCAGGACAUUGAAAUGCUCCUCGCGGCACAAUGUCACUUGGGCUCCAAGAACCUCCAGGUUCAUAUGGAACCUUACUUGUGGAAGACUCGUCCUGAUGGCAUCAACGUCAUCAACAUCUCCAAGACCUGGGAGAAAAUUGUCUUCGCAGCCCGCAUCAUCGCCGCUGUCGACAACCCAGCCGACAUUUGUGUCAUCUCUGCCCGUCCCUAUGGCCAGCGUGCAGUCCUGAAGUUCGCUGCCCACACCGGAGCCGUCGCCAUUGCCGGUCGUUUCACCCCCGGUAACUUCACCAACUACAUCACCCGCUCGUUCAAGGAGCCUCGCUUGAUCAUUGUGACCGACCCGCGCACCGACGCCCAGGCCAUCAAGGAAGCCUCAUACGUCAACAUCCCGGUCAUCGCCCUCUGCGACACCGACUCGCCCACCGAAUUCGUCGACGUUGCCAUCCCCACCAACAACAAGGGUCGUCAUGCCAUCGGCUUGAUCUGGUGGAUGCUGGCUCGUGAGGUGCUCCGUCUCCGCGGCACCCUGGCCAGCCGUGAAAUCGAGUGGGAUGUCGUCGUGGACUUGUACUUCUACCGUGACCCCGAAGCCGAGGAACAGAAGGAGGAGGAGAAGGCGCCGGGUGCGGACGAGGCUGGCACGGCUGUGGUCGAACGUGGAUUCACAGACAAUGCGGACUGGACUGGCGAGCCCGGCGCUGCGCCUGGUAUCGAGGGUGCUCCUCAGGCCGAUGCCAACUGGGCCGAGCCUGGCACUGGUACCGCCGACUGGGCCCAAGAGGCGACCGCCGGCGCCACUGGUUGGUAA